UACAACUUCAAGCUAUUUUUUUCAUCCACUGCAAAUAAACGUGGUUUCAUAUCCUUUUCAAAUCAAAAUUCGAGAGUUUAUAUUGUCUCAAAGAGAAAUUCUUUGAAGAUGGCCAAUUCAAGAUUUGAAUAUGUGAAACAAUUCGAGCAAGUCGAUAAUUUACUACCAAAUACUUGGAUCGUGGUGCGAAUAGACGGCAGAGGGUUCACAAAACUAUGCGCCAAGUACAAUUUCGAGAAACCCAAUGACCGUAGAGCUCUUGACCUAAUGAACGCUGCCGCUAAAGCGGUGGUGGCUGAACUCCACGAUAUCACUAUCGCAUACGGCGUUAGUGAUGAGUUUAGCUUCGUUUUUCACAAGACUUGCACCCUUUUUGAAAGGAGGGCUAGCAAGAUAACCUCGACAAUCGUCUCAACAUUUACCGCAUAUUAUAUCCAUCUGUGGUCGACCUAUUUCCCAGAUACGCCACUAUCACCACCGCUUCCUAGCUUUGAUGGCCGAGCCGUUUGCUACCCCAGCGUACAGAACUUACGUGAUUAUAUGAGUUGGCGCCAGGUAGACUGCCACAUCAACAACUUAUACAACACUACUUUCUGGUCGCUGGUCCAAUCAGGGGGGAUGGAUGCGAAGUCUGCUGAGAAAUUUCUAUCGGGAACCCUUUCUGCCGACAAGAACGAAAUCCUGUUCUCAAAGUUCAAAAUUAAUUAUAAUAAUGAACCAGAGAUUUUCAAAAAGGGAAGCGUAAUAUAUCGAGAUUACGAACUCGUCGAACCUGGUAGUCACGAUGUAGCAAAGGCAGCCGAUGAGCUGGCAGAGCCUGCCAAGCAAUCGAAGACACAAGAAGAGGGCGACAGAAAACGGCGUGCGAAAGCUAGGGUGUUAGUCGAUCAUCUAGAUAUUAUAAAAGAUGACUUUUGGGAGAGAAGACCUUGGUUGCUAUCCAACAAACCAGGAAAAACCCCCAAGGAGACGUAAUGAAAGUUUAGUGUCUUGAAUUAUUUUCUCUUCU